CUGUCUCUGUAUUGCCAGCAGAUGUUACAACUAUUCCGUAUGAAUAUCAAAUAUACUCAUCGAGUUUUCGAUAUUGGGGCUAUAGCAUUAAGCCUUUGCUGCCCAAAGGAGUAUAUAAUGAAAGUGAUGACAGCCAAGAUGAUUUCCCAUUACUGGCUAAAGUGAUUUCUAGAAAAGCCUUUAAUUAUGGAAUUUAUGAAGUUUAUGAAUACAGAUACUCGAAGAAUGGAAGUGUUGUUAACAUGGUAAUAACAACUUUAGCAGAGAUUGAAGAGAUUGACUUUGAAAAUAAUGGAUUUAUUUCAUUACCAAAAACAAGUCUUAGCAUCAACAAUAAAGAUUCUAAUCAAACACAUCCUGAAUAUUGUGAAUAUAAAAUCAAUUGGAAGAAUGAUAAUAUAAAUAUAGGUAGAAUCUAUAGAAGAUGCGUCAAUGCAAAUGAAAAAGACUACUAUCAUGUAGCAACUUUCAUAGGAAAUAAUAAUUGGGGAAUAAAUUUCUAUUCUCCCGAUGAGAUAACUUGUUUUGGUAGAAUGACAAAAUCUGAUUAUUGCAUCUUGGCAGAAUUGGGCCAAAAAUAUAACACAGAGCAACCAAUCGAAUAUUUGCAUAAGCAAAAAGAUUAUGACACAAUCGUUGGGAAAUUAGCACCUGCAACAAGGAAUUUGGAGCUUUCCUCUGCACUUGAAGAAAUGAAAAAAUGGAAAGUUCCUUACACGAGUUACCUUGAGAUCUUUCCUUACAAGACCUGGGCUUUGAAUCUUAUAAGCAGAGAUCAAAAAAUUUCACAAGAAUUCCGUGAUUUUUCUCGAGAACUUUUGAAAAAGAAGAUCUCACUUCAUCCGAAAAAUCCAAAGAAAAUAUUAACAAGUCAAACUGAUAAUGGAUCUUUACAACUGACUGAUAUUAUUUUUAAAGAACCUAAAUUUAUGUUGCAAGCGGUUACUGAGCUGUUAUUGCCAGAUAUCCGAAUUCCAGAAUUGUGUUUAGUAAUUGAUAACAAUAAAUCAAAGGGAGAAGGUAGAUUUGAGUUUGUGGAUCUUUUUUUUGGAGACGUGAAUUACUUAAUAAUUGAAUUAAAGUAUAUCAAUCUUCCAGAUUUAAUAAAGUCGGUUAAUAAUGAUUGGAAUAUAUCUCCAAAUACAAAUGAUUUGGUAACCCUUGACAAGUAUGUUGAAAAUGAAGAAGAAAGUGCGCUUUUGGAAAGGAAAUUUAUGUUUUGGUCAAAAAAAGAUAAUGAACCAAAACUCACGACAUUAAAUGAAAUUUUAUCAUCUGCAGAAGAACAAGUUACAAAAUACAUGAAUGUAAUUUCACAUGGACAAAUACAAAAAGGAAAAUCAGGUACUAUGGAUUCUCGAACCCUCAUAAAACAACCAUUUAAUUAUCGUGAUGUUUUAAAAAGUUAUAUUAUUAUGAUGAUAAGAUUCCAACGUCUUACUUGUAGAUUUGUUGGAUCUCAAAAUACUUGUUAUAGUUUUACUAAAAAAGUAACGCUUGUUAGUUUGGUGAAGGUGGACGAGAACAAAUAG